UGUGCGUCAUCCCCUGUCACUCAAGGAGACUCCAGGCAGUGAUGGCGGAGGUGGACGACACCGACGUGAUGAUGAACUACCACGGCGAUUUCUUAAAAAGCGACAGAAAAACCAGCCGCUACCCUUACUGCAUUGUCUGGACGCCUAUUCCUAUUUUAUCGUGGGUGCUCCCCUUCAUUGGUCACAUGGGUAUAUGCACCUCUUCUGGAGUCAUACGAGAUUUUGCAGGAUCAUACUUUGUCUCUGAGGACAACAUGGGCUUUGGUAGACCAACAAAGUAUUGGAAGCUUGAUGUGGACAAAGUGUGUGGCAAUGGUGCUGCUACAUGGGACAAAGCAGUGCAUGAUGCGUCUGAGGAAUACAAGUGCAGGCCACACAACCUGUGCUUAGAUAACUGCCAUUCCCACGUGGCCAUGGCCCUCAACCUAAUGCGCUACGACAACAGCUCGUCUUGGAACAUGGUGAACCUAUGUGUGCGGUCUUUAAUUCAUGGGAAACAUGUGAGCUGGGCAGCGUUCCUCAAGACCUGGCUUCCCUUCUUCAUGCUCUGCGGAGUUCUCGCCACAUUCAUCUUAACGUUCAACCUACAGUAGUGGAGUGAUCAUUUCAACAUGGGUCACUUCAUAGACUUUAGUUCUGCUUUAUACAUUUGUCAUAGGCUGUUGAUGUGAGUGAUGUUUCUUUUGACAGGACAUUUGUCUGUACAAAAAAAAAAUCCAAAUGAAGGACUUCGUUGUCUGUUAGGGAUCUGUAGUGAUCUAGUCUCUAGGAGAGUAUUGAAGGGCAAAGCCCAGAGUCCUUUCUUUUAAUAAUUCUUUUAUGUUUUAACAGUUUUAUUUCUGUGCAAUGUAUGAUUUAGUGAGGCAAAGAAGCUACAGUAUCUACAAAACAUCUAUUCAAAAUGUGCUGUUUUUCACACAGUGGGUUCUAUGUUUGCGUUUUGCUUAUUAAGAGAGUUAUGAAGUAAGACGAUCUUUUCCAGAUUACACCACGUUAGAGCAAUAAGGUGGAGUCCAGAGAUGCAUUGUAUUAGACUGGUGGUGAUGAAUGUGUUUCCAGACCGGCUAAUGUACAUUUCAGUGAUGAAUCACUACAAAAUGGAUCACAAAAUCUUAAUGCAGAAAGUAGUCAUCAAUUAUUUGUCUGAGAUAUGAGCUGCUACCAAAGAUAGAAUGAUGUAGGACCCACAUGUGAAAAAUAGUGGUAUUGUGCUAUAAAAAUACCCUCCUCCUCUUCAGUCGUCUUUCCUCUGGUGUAUCAACACUGAUGUGUGAAGUGUUUGUUCUUCAGACAUAAUUUGAAUGUGUUCUGCUGGAAUGUUACUAUAACUGUCGAAUUAUUCAAACUAUGAGCAAUACUGCAUUAUGUUUAUUUAAUUGAAUUGUUUUUGAUGUUGUGUACCCAAAAGAGUAUUAUUUAUUAUUGUAUAUCUCUAUCAGUUUAAUAUGACUGUUUCUGUAACUUUAUUUUGGAUGUGCUGUAUACAAAGCCUUUUUAAGUCUCCCUGGCAGACUGUGGUGUGGGUCACAGGCUGUGGGCUCCUUAAUCAUCCUCUGUACCUUUAAGGGAACCACGUACCUUUUUCAUCUAGCAGAUUCUGCCUGAUAUGAACUCCCAUCAAUUCUACAGGAUCCUUUAUUCCCAGAGUGGAGCAGAUUCGGAGGGGCUGAUGCUGGAGAGCUCUUUGCCGCCUCUGCAGCAUUUGAUUAGGUUGUGACAACAAAAGCUGUAUUUAGAAUUUGAAGUUUUGUUUCUGCUGUAGUUCACACUCUAGUGUGUUAACAUUGUUUUUGGAAUCUUUCUUUUUACCCGGCAAUUACUUAAGACAUGUGUGUUUUUGCACUCCGAGUGUUUUUGGGAAUCCUUCUUUGUGCACCAUACCAGUGCUUGGAGUGUGCUUUUGGCUGUGAGUGUUUGGCUGUCACUCGCACAGUGAAAUGUGUUUCCAGUGACCUGCUCACGGUGCCACAAAGUAUUCCAGGAUAUGCGAGGACUGUCAUCGUCAUAGGGAAUAAUAUACACCAGAUUGGACCUGAAUCAUUUACAGAGCUGGAGAACGUCACAAACAUCAUUUUAAGCAAUAAUCGGUGAGAGCGUCAGUGUUUUUGGUUUUGGUUUCAUUCAUGUAUAUUAAGCCAUAUUUGGAUAAUAUCACUAACUUUCUUCAUGUGUAUCAAAUAAAUAAAUAAAUAACCAAA